UUUCCGCCAGUCCCUCGGAUCUACAACUUUUCUCUCGUUGCCUCUCCUAGACUUGUAGUUUCCAAACAAAAGAAAGUCCGCGUUCCUGGAUUUAUGUCCUGAAAUGAUAAUGCAGAAGUCACGGCAGCUCUUGGGACUCGCAUGAACAGAUGCUCCCGUGGAUAAACUGCGUGGAACACAAGCUUUGCUGAAAAGGUUUCUAUUGCAUUUACUGGAAACAAGCAGAGAGUAUGGAUAUUUACUUUAUCAGAGCUGCAAACUCUCACGGAGAUCGCUAGUGAGCUGCAGCAUACAGUGUAGGACUACAUUACUGCACAGGGAGAUGCAGCCAGCUGUUGUGACAAGUCACUUUGCUACAUCUGACCCAGCACUUAUAAGAUGCACUUGAAGUUUACUUGUAAGUGACAGCACAACACCUCGUUUUAUCACUCGUUAAAUUUAUAUUGAUAAAUGUCUUUGAUAUCGAUACUCUGAGUGAUGUAACAGUUGACGAGAUGCUGAUUGAGUGGUUCUGGCGCACACACAGGAACCCCUUGAAAGGGAGCUCGCAGCAAUAUAACCUGGGUAAAGUGCUUCAGGUGUCAUGGAACAGGCUGGCAUGAUACAGCUGUUAAUAUUGCUGGCUUGCAGUCUCUGCUGGAGUUUGGAGCACAGAUGCCCAGAGCCAUGCGACUGUCAGCACCUUCAGCAUAUUCUGUGCUCCAACAGGGGGUUACAUUCAGUGCCCAAAUCCAGCCAUUUUAUGAGCUCUAUUGGCACCAAAACCUUCAGCCUGGGGGGCAAUUUUAUCUCCAAUAUCAGUGCUGUGGACUUUCUUCAUUUCCCUCAGCUGCAGAGACUUGACCUGCAGUAUAAUCAGAUACACUUCAUUCACCAUAAAGCAUUUGAUAAGCUCACUCAUCUGGAAGAGCUAUACCUGGGCAACAAUCUCCUCCCUAGCCUGACCCCUGGUGCAUUUUCUCCACUCAGGAAACUUAAAGUGCUUAAUUUGAAUAGUAACAGGCUGCAUAAUGUUAGCAGAGCCUGCUUUUCUAACCUGCUGGGGCUAAUCAAGCUAAGGCUGGAUAGCAACAUUAUACAUAGCGUACAGGGCUCCCCCUUCUCUUCUCUCACCAAUCUGCUUUAUUUACACCUGGAGAACAAUAAAAUUGUAAACAUCAGUAAAAAUGCCUUUGUAGGGCUUGGGAAGCUACGUCUGUUGAGCCUAUCAGGGAACCCUCAGAUUUCUCUGCGACAUCCAACCUUUUUACCCCUGAGAUCUCUGAGCACCCUCAACAUUGCUGGCAAUCGUCUGCAGCAACUAGGACCUGAUAUAUUUAAUGGAUUACAACGCCUUUCCAGACUCAUUCUCAGCUCAAAUAGACUGACUCUGCUUCAUUCUAAGGCUUUUUUCGGACUUGGAUCAUUGCAAGAACUGCAUUUGGAUGGGAACUUGCUUAGCCAACUUCCAGAGGGUCUGCUAUUGCCACUGCACAAUUUGGAAGUGCUGAACCUGAGUCACAAUGCACUUUCCAGCUUGAACCCAGAAACAUUUAAUGGACUCGGUAGGCUUAGGGUCCUGGAUUUGCAACAUAACACAUUAAGCUAUCUACAUGGAAAGAUCUUCUCUGGAAACCCUGCCCUCUAUCGCCUGCAGUUGGAUGGCAAUCAAUGGAUCUGUGACUGCCAACUUUUGGGGCUGAAGCAUUGGAUUCUGGGAACUCUGCACCCUCGAAGCCGCAUGCUUUCUGUUUUUGUACAGUGCUGGGGUCCUCCUGAGGUUGCAGGGAAAUAUUUAGAUUAUCUGGAUGAUUCAUAUCAACAAGAGACAGGGGGGUGUAUUUCCAGCACAACCCCUGCAGGACAGGGACACAUGAUAUCUAACACCUCAGAGUACAAGGGUCUUUUAGUACACCAACCCAGAAAAGGGGACACAGAACUUAAAACUGAUGAUUUGCUGCUAUCCUUAUUUAUUCACCCAUCAGUAAAUUCUUCACUCCCCGAAUCAGUUGUAUCUAGCAAACAGGCUUCAGAAACUAAAGGCCCACAUGGAGCAAGCAGGCAACAAGGCAUAGACAUAUUUCAGAAAGAGAAAAGUAAAGAUUUAAUAGCUGCUUUUGAACCAUUGCAACAGCCCCAUCCUCCUGAAGUUAAACUAAAAUAUUUGCAGCCCAGCCAAUUGUACCCAUCACCUGAAAUGCAUAAUUUCAACACAUUCCAACCAGCAACUGAAACACUGAAUCAACUCCAUCUUAAGUCCCCAAGUAAUGAAUCUAAUAAAAGGCAUCAUAAAAAACCUGAUAGUGUGCCUAAGCAUCUUCCUGAUCACUUGCAAUCUCCAUCUGACUCACUGGGCCCAAUUCAUCCAGGAAUCCUAGAUGCUCCAUCUGGGCCCCCAUAUUUAGAUGGCCAAGCACCCAAGACAUUGAAUCAUGAUCCAACUACAGCUAUUUCACGACAGCAUGAUAAUCCAGUAGCAGAGACCUUGCACCAGCCUCACCAUGACCCACAACAUCCUUUAUUAGAAACUUUCCACCAUGGGCAAACUGAACGCAGACAGCCAGCAUCUGAGACAUUGCACCAGGCAGCCCCUGUCCCUUCUCUGCUCUCAGACCCAUGUGAGUUUAACAAGCUUUACCUGCUGAACCUGUCAGUUGAGGCUGUAGGUAGUAGUACAGCUCGGGUACGUUGGCAAGCCUUGAGCCCUCAUACUCGUGGGCCAGUACACUUUCGGGUGUUAUAUGAGCGAUUUGGACAGUCUGGACGAUUUCAACGCUUUGUAUAUCCACGUGGACACACAGAAUCAUUGACUUUGCUGGAGCUUACUGGAGACACUCCAUAUUUGGUUUGUGUAGAGAGCCUGAUUGGUGGUAGAGCAUGUCCAGUGGCCCCCAGGGACCAUUGUGUAGGGCUUGUAACAUUGCCUUCAGAGAAUAGUCAGCCUUCAGUGAACUACCAAAUGUUGGCCUUAGCUCUGCUUGCCCUCAAUGCAUUUCUGCUUCUCUUGGGAUUGGUGGCUUGGGGGUCCAAGUUGGCACGAAAAAAAUGGGGCCGCAGAAGGGCCCCAGUUCAUGUUCGACAGAUGUACUCUACUAGGCGACCUUACAGGUCUGUAGGUACUGGCGUAUCUACUGAUUUUUCAGGUUUUCAGUCCCACCGACCACGCACUGCAGUAUGUGCCCUGGGAGAGGCAGAUCUCAUAGAAUUUCCUGGUUGUGAUCGUUUCAGGGAAGCUACUAACAUACAUAGAGAGGAUCUAUUACAGAGAUUCACAGACUGAAUCAUAAAUAAUUUAUUCAGAUUAAUCUUUGAUUAACAUGUUCCUGCCUUCUGUUUAGCCCCCAAAAUAUUGUGGAUUUAAGGGGGGGGGGGGGUUGAGAAUACCGGAUAAUUAUUUUUUUGUGUGUCUUCAGAAAUAAGAGUAUCUGUUUGUAGGAGGUAGGCUGUCAUCAGUUAAAGGGACAGCAUAUAUGUUUAUUUAAGGAUUUGGUAAGAGUUUUAAUGCAGGACAUUAUGGUAAAGUAACUAACUAUAGUUCACAUAUCACUAAGUAGUAAAUAAGAGAAAUAGCCAGGUAGAGCUGGCUACAUUUUUCUAUUUGUUUUUUAAAUCUUGGUAAUAUGCUUUCAAUGCUCAGGCAAAGGAAUACUGAUUUAUUUAUUUUUUCAUUUAAAGGGCCCUAACAACGCUUUACAGCAUUCUAACUUCUAUGCAAAUUGUCUCUGUGCCAAGCAAACAGAAAAUAAAGUUUAUGGACAGGAUGCAUAAUAAACAAUGCAGACAGUUUAUACAUUCCCUCACUAUCUGCUUACAUGAGUUUUACAAACAUUUCCAGAUUGUUGUGGUAUUUUUUUUCUCAAGGCAUUAUUAAGUUGUAAUGUAACCAUAGAAAUGCCAGUCUUGGUUUUGUGGCCUGUAUAAACAAAACACAAUAAAUGCAUAAAAUCGCACUGCAGUAGUUGGUGCAUAAGACAAAAGCAAAUGAUGUAUCUAAUAAUAUUCUGUUAAUCUCAAAUGUAUCGGUUAAAUCACUCUUAGAAAUAGCACCAGUCCAUUUAUAUUUGUGUGUUUUAAAAGUAACAGGAUUCUUCAUCCAGGUCUGACUUGGAGCAAGUAGUGAUUCCAUACGGUCAGCCUGCACAUCAUGGUGUUAUUGAUGUUUAUCAAUAGGUUUUCUACCUGCAAAUUGUUAUUGGUAACAUAUACAAGGCUGUAAAUACCAUUAAUUACUAGGUUUUGUGUGUUUGUAGUAUAUAUAUAUAUAUAUAUAUACACAUAUAUAUAUCCUUGUGCAACAGGUUAUUUAAAGUAGGGCCAGUAAUGACUUGUUAUACUAGCUGCAGAGUUUAAAGGGACAGGGUACACACAUUUUCAUAUAACUGCAUGUAAUAGACGUUACUAUAAAGAAGAAUACACACAGAUACUGAUCUAAAAAUACUGUAUAAAACAUUUUUAAAAAUUACUUAAAGGGACAUGGAACUCAACAUUUUUCUUUCAUGAUUUAGCUAGGACAUAGAAUUUUAAACAACUUUCCAGUUUACUUCUAUUAUCAAAUUUGUUUCAUUUUCUUGGUAUCAUUUGUUGAAGGAGCAGCAAUGCACUACUGGCUUCUAAUUAAACACAUGGGAGAGUCAAUGACAAUGGGUGUAUAUAUAUGCAGCCACCAAUCAGCAGCUGGAACCUAGGUUCUUUGCUGCUCCUGAACUUACCUAGAUAAACCUUUCAGCAAAGGAUAACAAGAGAAGGAAGCAAAUUAAAUAAUAGAAGUAAAUUGGAAAGUUGUUUAAAAUUAUAUUAUCUGUCUGAAUCAUGAAUGUCUAAUUAUUACAUUACUAUCCCUUUAAAGCGACACUCAAGUAAAAAUUAAGCUUUCAUGAUUCAGAUAGAGCAGUAUUUUUUAAACAACUUUCCAAUUUACUCCCAUUAACAAAAUGUGCGCAGUCUUUUUAUAUUUACACUUUUUGAGUCACCUGUUCCUACUGAGCAUGUGCAAGAAUUCAACUUUCCAAAUUACUUCUAAUAUCUAAUUUGCUUAAUUUUUGUUGAAAAGCAUAUCUAAAUGGGCUCACUAGCUGUUGAUUGGUAGGUGCCUCGUGUGAUUGGCUCACCCAUGUGCAUAGCUAUUUCUUCAACAAAAGAUAUCUAAAGAAUUAAGCAAAUUAGAUAAUAUAAGUAAAUUGGAAUGUUGUUUAAAAUUGGCAUUCUCUAUCAGAAUCAUGAUUGAUAGAUUUUGGUUUUCAUGUCACUUUAAGCCCUAAAAUACAAGAGAAGGCUGAGACACAGCACUACAACUAGCAGCCAUGUGGAUUAUACAACCUCCUAAUGUUUCAAUUAUGAAGUAUAUGCUUAACAAAAUUGUUCAAUUGGACCUGGUGGUGCCUUAUUAUUUUAGUAUGUAGCUGUUUCUACAACUGCCAAUGUACUGGUUACAAAUCUUGUAUGUACACCUGAACCUACUAAUUGCUCUUUUAAUCUCUGUUUCAGAACUAGAAAGAAAAAACAAAUCACAUUUGCAAACAUACAAAAUGAUCUAACUAGCAGUAAGUUAUGUUUACUGUCACACAUUUUACCAUUACAUAAUUGUUACUGUGUCACAUUAGAACUAAUUUUGUUUUUAAACCCCUUUGCACUACAAACGUCCUACUGUAUUUUAAAGGAAAUGUUACCUAGGCAGUUUCCUCUUCAGGAAGUAUUUUUUGAUUGUGGUUAUGACAUGCGGAAAAUGCACUUUGAACUAUACAUUUCCUUUUUUAAUUUCCCUGAUUUCCAUGCUGACUAGCUGCCUUUUUACCUUUAUCAAGAAGAAAAUACAACAUUCUUAACAUCCAAUCAAAAAUCACACCAUUAAAAAAAACAAAACAAAAACUUAAUGGGUAAUUCUGAUUGGAUGAUUUAUAAAUGUUUUCUAAAAAUAAUAUAAAGUAUGUGCAUUACUUCCUGUUUGACUCAGGACUUACAUAAGUAAAUCAGUGGCACAUCUUUUUUGUAGGUAUCAGAAGCAGUUGUAUCUUCUGCAUUUCUAAAAGCUGCAAGGUAAAUGUUUUUACAGUUACACAUUUUGUCUGAGUUUUUGUAGCUUAAAGGGAUAUGAAUUACACAUUUUUUCUUUUAUGAUAGAGCACAUGAUUAUAAACAACUUCUAUUAUCUAAUUAGCUUUGAUCUCUUGCUAUCCUUUGUUGAAAAAGGAUACCUAGGUAGGCCCAGGAGUAGCAAAGCCCUACUGGGAACUAGUUGCUGAUUGGUGGCUGCACAUAUAUGCCUGAUGUGUUCAGUUAGCUCCCAGUAGUGCACUGCUCAUCCUUCAACAAAGGAUACUAAGAAACAAAGCAAAUUUGAUAAUUGAAGUAAAUUGGAGAGUUGUUUUUAAAUGUUAUUAUCUAUUUGAAUCAUGAAAGAAACAUUUUGGGUUUCAUGUCUCUUUAAACUGUUGAUGAGUCUUACAUAAGUAAUGAGUUUUUAUGUCCCACAUAAUGAAGAGAUAAAACAGUAUAAAGAUAUUGUUUACAGAUUUGGUACUUUAUAAUGUUGUAGGUCAAUUAUUGUUUAAAAAGAUAGAUAAUGCCUUUAUUACCCAUUCCCCAGUUUUGCAUAACCAACACUGUUAUAUUAAUACACUUUUUACCUUUGUGAUUACCUUGUAAGCCUAUACAGACUGCCCCCUUAUUUCAGCCAAUUAGUGCUGAUUAAUGCAUAACUCCACGGGAAUGAGCACAAUGUUUGGCACACAUGAACUAGCACGAUGAACUAGCACUGUCUAGCUGUAGAAAGCUAAUAAAAUGAACUGAAAUAAGGGGCCUUCAAUGGCUUAGAAAUUAGCAUAUGAGCCUACCUAGGUUUAGCUUUCAACAAAGAAUACCAAGAAAACAACGCAAAUUUAUUUAUAAAAGUAAAUUGGAAAGUUGUUAAAAAUGGCCCUAUCUGACUUUAUUUUGACUUUACUGUCUAUUUAACAAACCCAUAACAUGGGAAAAAAAGCAUAAUUGACUUCCAAAGUAUAAGUGUACCAGUAUGGCUACUUGGAAUGAUGUAGUAUGUGUAUAUGAUAUAUAGCUUAUAAAAUAAUAAAACUAUAAACAAUAAAUUAUAUAUUAAGCAAAUUAAUUAGCAAUCACUUAAAUCAGCUCUACUGCACCAAAAAAGUAACUCUAGCAUCUUAUAGAACAAUCCUAAGCAAACACAAAAAGAAUAGUUUAGCACACAGAUUAACAGUGGGACUAACCAGUAAUACAAUGGAUACUUCUGGAUGGCUGCUUAGUUUCCUUAUAGUGCAGUAUUUGUGGUUUGUUGUUUAAUUACUAAUAGAAGAAGAUAAUCAGAUUUAUGUAGAAUAAACCCUUUACAACUGAGUAUCCCUGACCUGACUUGACUAACAGAUUGUCUUUCUGGUUUUUUUUUCUUCAGCAGACAGAACCUUAUCUCUGGACUGAUUCCAUUUUUGUGUCUCUUCUCAUUUUGAAAAUAAUAAUGAUAGUAAUAAGGAGAAUAUCAUUUUUAUUCCACUGCUGGUUACAGACUUUUGUGCAUGAAGCUUUAUCUAUGUUGGUUUACACAGAUAAUGUUUCCCUAUGUCCCAUGUCUAAUAAAUUAUAGUCUUAUAUUAUUGUCUAGAGUACAUUUACACUACUAAGGGGUAUUUCUGAAACUAUUAAGAUUUUCACAAAAUAAUAAAGAUGAGAAACAUUCCUUUAGCAGUUCUGGGACAGGGUCUGUGCUUCUCUGCUUGAGAACAGGUGAGGCUUAUCAGAACCUUACUGUAAGGGUCUCAUUUCAGCAAUACCCUUGCUAAAAUGCAUGUGUUUUACAAGGUAUAUUUAGGUUUAAAGGGACAGUGUACUGUAAAAUUUGUUUUCCUUAUGGAGUUACCAAUGACUUAGAAUACCAGCUGAAGAGUAUUAAAUGUAUGGGGAAUAGCUUAUUUUUUUUGUAUUUGAAGUAAUUGGUUUAGCUCAUUGAAACCACCAUCCAUUAUUCCCCAGAACACCCCCGUUCAUAUGGACUGAGCCUUCAGGGAAUACAGACCUGGAUACUGUGUCUUUCUAUAAUCAAAGCCCAAUCAUUGAGUACUGAAAUGUUUAUUAUGGGAGGUGGUUUCAUUGAGCAAAACUAGCUAUUUCAUUUGUAAGAAUAAACAAAUGAAACAUUUAGAGAAUGUUUAAUACUAUGCAGAAGGUAAAGUUAUUAGGAACACAUUAAGGAGAGAAAAAAUACAAAACAAAGUCCCUAAAAUACACAUUAGUGCCUUUAUUCUACUCACUUUCGUCAAUGUUAGGCAGGUAUCAGAACAGAAAUUGCUUGCAGGUGGCUGAGGUGGUAUUGUAAUAUAUAAUGUGUUUUAUAUUCAGUUAUGUUUUCCUGUUCUUACCUUUCAUUUUACAGCAGCAAUAAUACAAUAGGUAAAACAUGGUGAUAAAAAGAUGUAAUUAUACGCUGUGCUAUUUGUAAAAAGGAUAUUUGUGUUAACCCAUCUAUUUAUCACCAGCAGAGAGCUGUGAAGACUGUAAGGCUGUUUUGUGAAAUUCCAUCCAUAUCUCAAUAACUUAGUAAACAUAAAUUGUUUAUAUAUUUCUUUAUUCCUUUUUGUAUUUCAUUUGUGUUAGUAAUGUUUUUUUUUUAUUAAUAAUUAUUAUAAUUUAAUUAUUGUUUUAGUACAAUCACAUUAAAAUAAGCCAUAUUUUUUUUUUAAAGAAAUAUCACAACAUUUGUAUUUUAAAAGUGGUUAAAAAAUAAAUACCGAUUGAAAAGGUAAAAAGAAAAUAUAUAAUGCACAUGCACAACUGAUACUGUAUCAUCUACCAUAAAUUGGUUUAUGAAGACAACAACCAUAACUUUAUUGAUUGAGAGGGACAAACCUCUGCAAAUAUUAAAAUAAAAGGCAGUUUGAUUCAGUAAAUUUGCUUCUUAUUAAAAAAAAAUGUUAUAACACUCUCCUAUAGACUGAACAGAAAUGCCUUUUCGGAUCAUUUAAAUAGACAAAGUUGCAGCUAGUAUUUGGGUGCAAAUGAAAUGUGAAUUAAAUAUCCAUUUAAAUGCAAACAUAAACAUAUACUGUGAAAAAACUAGGCCUGGACAGAUUUAGUCACUGUAGUACAAUUAAUAUUGGAGUUGUGUCCUAUAUAUUAAUACUAUUUUCUUUGCUAAAUAUGUCUUAUUGAAUAUGAUGUAAGCGGAAUGUUUAGUCAUGUGUUUGUGCGCUAUAUGAAGUCACAUGGUGUAGUGAUUCAUGUAGAUUAUUGGUGCUUAUGCUUUGUCUUCCUGCUACUCGAGUUCCUAUUGCCAACUCUUUAGUCUUCCACAUCUGUACAUAGUAAUGGUGCUUUAGUGGAAGAUCAUAUGUAUAUUAAUAUCCAACAGAAAUACCAUAGAAAAACCACUAAAAUUGAAAUGUACAUUAUAUUGCUGCAUAUUAAUGCCUAGCACUGGGUAUUCUUCCAAUGGGAGAUGCAAAAAUGUAAUUUUUUUUUUGUUAUAUGAUAUUUUGUAAAAUAUAAUAAAAUGGUGUUUGAACUUGCCAAUUAUUUUCUUCAUGAAAUUAAACUUUUUGUUACAAACUA